AUGACUUUCACCAUUGGCUCUCUCCUGGUUGGUCUCGUCCUGGGCGCCGCUCAGCUCGCCAACGGCUCUCCAAUGGCCGACGCCGUCUAUGUCACCCAGGUCGUCAACGCCCUCACCACCUACUGCCCUGGCCCCACGGUCAUCACCCACGGCCCCAAGACUUACACCAUCAAAGAGGCCACCACCUUCACCAUCACCGACUGUCCCUGCACCAUCACCCACAUGGGCCCGGUUCCAACCGGUGCCCCGACCUCCGAGUGCGCGACCAACUGCGGCAACGCCUACAACACGUGCCGCGGCGCCCCCGACGCCAACCGUGCCUCAUGCGCCGCCGAGUACGCCGGCUGCUUGGGAUACAGCCCGUUCGGUCCUGAUGGGUCGCUGAUCACGCCGACCGCCUGCUCGGCCCAGAUCUCCGCCACUCCGGUUCCCCUCCCCAGUCCCAUCGAGGUCGCCCCUUGCCCCGCCGCCUGCGCCGCCUCCUACGACAAGUGCCGCGGUGCUCCUGACGCCAACCGCGCAAGCUGCGCCGCCGAGUAUGCUGGAUGCCUAGGCUACAGCCCUUUCGGCCCCGACGGAUCGCUUGUCACCCCGACUGCCUGCUCCGCCGCCGCCACGACCCCGGCUCCGGCCCCGACUGGCGCGGCACCCACUGCUCCGGCUGGCAACGAUUGUGCCCAGAAGUGCGCCAUGAUCUAUAACAAGUGCCGCAGCGACCCCAACGCGAACCGUUCCACCUGCGCGGCCAACUACGCCAGCUGCUUGGGAUACAGCCCCUUCGGAGCUGAUGGCUCCCUGGUCACCCCCACCGCAUGCGCUGCUUUCGCCACUGGAGCCGCCCAACCUAACGGCACCGGUAUGGCUUUGCCGUCCCAUGUGGUCGUCGCUGGAGCUGAGCGCGUGUCGUUUGUCAAUGUUGCCACCGCUUUGGGUGCUUUCGGUCUGGCUGCGCUUGCUCUUCUCUAG